GUAACAGGUCUCCUUUCUGUUUUCCUAACAGGGUAGUGUUCCGGACGGAGCACCUGCACUGGAUGGAAUUUAGCAUCAAAAGGGUCCCUUUUUCUGCGCAGAACGUUGUCACGUGCGUCAGGAUGAAGCAGGCGCCGGAGACCCUGGGCGGCUCCGCGGGGAAGCCCCCGGGCUGCGACGUGAACCGCGAGUGCUCCGUGCUCCUGGGCAAGGCCCCGCUCUCCGCCAGCCUGCAGGAGGGCGUCGUGCAGAAGUUCAACGGCCACGACGCCCUCCCCUUCCUCCCGGCCGAGAGGCUCAAGGACCUGACCUCCCGCGUGUUCAACGGAGAGCCCGGUGCCCACGAGGCCAGACUGCGUUUUGAGCCCCAGGAAACGAAAGGGGCUGAGACGCCGCCUCACACGACUCCCAUCAAGAACGGCUCCCCGGAGAUCAAACUGAAGAUCACCAAGACCUACAUGAACGGGAAGCCGCUCUUCGAGUCGUCCAUCUGCGGAGACGGCGCUGCCGCGGCGGCCCAGCCGGGAGGAAACGGACAAGAGCCGGAGAGCAAGGCGAGGAGGAGCAGGAAGAGGAGCAUCAAGUACGACUCGGCGCUGGAACCGGGCCUGGCCGAAGCCCUGCUGAGGUGUGAGGCGCUGUCACUGACAGUGGGUGCUUCUCUACCCGCAUUGGGCAGCGUUUCUUCGUUGUGCCGGUGCCGACAUGCCCCUGUGCUCAUCGUCACGGCCAAGGGCAGCUCUUCCAAAUACUGCAGGGUCAGGGAGGAGCCUGGCCAGGUGGCUCGGUUGGUAGGGCGGCGUCCGUACCCCAAAAGGUCCCUCUGGCUGCGCUGUCGGGUGUGGCUCAUUCCUCUCUGCCGGGAGCCGCCCCUGGGAUAUCGUGGGGUCCCUCUGGCCUCCUGGCUGCCCUUUCCCCACUCGGAGCUCUGGACCGAGUGGCUGGCAGGGCUGCCAGGUGGUCAGAGGAAGAGCGCGCGCCAGUAUCACGUCCAGUUCUUCGGCGACGCCCCCGAGAGGGCGUGGAUAUUUGAGAAGAGCCUGGCGGCUUUCGAAGGAGAAGGGCAGUUUGAGGAGCUGUGCCAGGAGAGUGCCAGGCAGGCGCCCACGAAGGCGGAGAAAGUCAAGCUGCUGAAACCCGUUUCAGGGAAAUUGAGGGCACAGUGGGAGACGGGCCUCCUGCAAGCCACCGCCGCCGCCGCCAUGCCGGUCGAGGAGCGGAGAGCCAAGUUCACCUUCCUGUACGUGGACGGCCAGCUGCACCUGAACCCGCACGCGGCCCGGGAGGCAGGCCUGGCUGUGGAGGUGCCUGGGGCUGCGCUGGCGCCCGCAGGGGUGGGCCCGGGGUCUCCGCCCAGGAGGAGGAAGGCCGCGGCCUCCACGCUGCGCAGCAGGAAGGGUGACGCCGCAUCCCAGUUCCUGGUUUUCUGCCAGAGGCACCGGGACGAGGUGAUGGCUGAGCACCCCGACGCCUCCAGGGAGGAGAUCGAAGAGCUGCUGGGGUCACAGUGGAACAUGCUGAGCGAGAAGCAGAAGGCCCGCUACAACACCAAGUUUGCCGUCCGGGCAGCGUCCCCCUCCGAGGAGGACUCUGGUAACGUACACGGGAGAAAAAGAACCCCCCCGAAGCGGACUCAGGACCCCACGGGGGACGCGGAGCUUGAGGCGCCCCGGAAAAGACUCAGGACGGACAGGCAGGGUCUUCGGAAGAGGGAGACCAUUGCAGACAAAACACCCCGCACAGGAUCCUGCAAGGCCACAGAGGCCCUGUCCUCCCUGAAGAGCCAGGCAGCAACAAAACCCCUGUCUGACGCGUGCAAACCGCUGAAGAAGCGGAACCGGACGUCGGCCGCCACGCCCUCCGCACUCGCCUUUAGCAAGAGCUCGUCUCCCUCGGCCUCCUUAACUGAGAACGAGGUCUCGGACGGCGUGGGCGACGAGCCCUCCGAGUCCCCAGACGAAAGUGCCGACGAGACUCAGACCGAAGUGUCCGUCUCCUCAAAAAAGUCGGAGCGAGGCCUGACGGCCAGGAAGGAGCACGUGUGCCAGCUGUGCGAGAAGCCCGGCCGCCUCCUGCUCUGCGAGGGCGCCUGCUGCGGGGCCUUCCACCUCUCCUGCCUCGGGCUGCCCCGGCCGCCCGAAGGGGGCUUCAUCUGCAGCGAGUGUGUCUCAGGCAAGUGCCGUCCCGGCCCCAAACCCCGGGCAGUGCCCAGGCCGCGGUCCUGCGAUGCCCCCAGCCCCCGCCCUGCACCCAGAGGGCCUGUCGCUCCCUCGGCGCCUCCCUCGGAGCUCGGUGUGACUGCUGUCAAGACGGUGUCACUCGUCUGGUCUGGGACUGGCAGUGGUGUCCCGUGGACGCCCCGCGGGCGCGCGGAGGGCGGGCUGGUGGCCGCGUUGCUUGGAGUCCCUUUCCCUGUUACUGACCAGCACGGGCUGGCCGCCCCUUUUGCAGGAGGGAGCCUGCUGUGCUGCGAGUCCUGCCCGGCGGCCUUCCACCCCGACUGCCUCAGCAUCGACAUGCCCGACGGCAGCUGGUUCUGCAACGACUGCCGGGCGGGGAAGAGGCUGCACCACCAGGACAUCGUGUGGGUCAAACUCGGGAACUACAGAUGGUGGCCGGCAGAAGUUUGCCAUCCCAAAAAUGUCCCCCCAAAUAUUCAGAAAAUGAAGCACGAGAUUGGAGAAUUCCCUGUGUUUUUCUUUGGGUCUAAAGAUUAUUACUGGACGCAUCAGGCUCGAGUGUUCCCGUACAUGGAGGGGGACCGGGGCAGCCGCUACCAGGGGGUCAGCGGGAUCGGCAGAGUCUUCAAAAACGCACUGCAAGAAGCGGAAGCUCGUUUCCGUGAAAUCAAACUGCAGCGGGAAGCCAGAGAGACGCAGGAGAGCGAGCGGAAGCCCCCGCCCUACAAGCACAUCAAGGUGAAUAAGCCGUACGGGAAAGUGCAGAUCUACACGGCCGACAUUUCCGAGAUCCCCAAGUGCAACUGUAAGCCCACGGACGACAGCCCCUGCGGCCUGGACUCCGAGUGUCUGAACCGGAUGCUCAUGUUCGAGUGCCACCCGCAGGUGUGCCCCGCCGGGGAGGCCUGUCAGAACCAGAGCUUCAGCAAGCGCCAGUACCCCGAGACCAAGAUCGUGCGCACCGACGGCAAGGGCUGGGGCCUGGUCGCCACGCGGGACAUCCGCAAGGGGGAGUUCGUGAACGAGUACGUGGGCGAGCUGAUCGACGAGGAGGAGUGCAUGGCCCGCAUCAAGCACGCGCAGGAGAACGACAUCACGCACUUCUACAUGCUCACCAUCGACAAGGACCGCAUCAUCGACGCCGGCCCCAAAGGCAACUACUCCAGGUUUAUGAACCACAGCUGCCAGCCCAACUGCGAGACCCUCAAGUGGACGGUGAACGGGGACACGCGUGUGGGCCUGUUUGCCGUGUGUGACAUUCCUGCAGGGACAGAGCUGACGUUUAACUACAACCUCGACUGUCUGGGCAACGAGAAGACCGUGUGCCGGUGUGGCGCCCCCAACUGCAGCGGGUUCCUUGGGGACAGACCGAAGACCUCCACCGUGCUGUCUUCAGAGGAAAAGGGCAAAAAGACCAAGAAGAAAAGCCGGAGGCGCCGGACCAAAGGCGAAGGGAAGAAGGAGUCGGAGGACGAGUGCUUCCGCUGCGGCGACGGCGGGCAGCUGGUGCUGUGUGACCGCAAGUCCUGCACCAAGGCCUACCACCUGUCCUGCCUGGGCCUGGGCAAGCGGCCCUUCGGGAAGUGGGUGUGCCCUUGGCAUCACUGUGACGUGUGUGGCAAACCUUCGGCCUCCUUUUGCCACUUGUGCCCCAAUUCGUUCUGCAAGGAGCACCAAGACGGGACCGCCUGGCGCUCCACCGCAGACGGGCGCUCCUACUGCUGCGAGCACGACUCGGGGGCCGAGGCGCAGAGCCCCUUCCCCGAGCCCAGGAGGCCCCAGGGCAGGAGGCGGCGGAGGUGCUGGCGGAGGGUCACGGAGGCAUCCGUGGGCUGGGCAGUGGCUGCAGCUGCCAUGGGCAUGGCGCGCGCUUAG